UGGUGUGUGCGAGGCCAUUCGUCUGAAAGUGUAUCAGGGCGACUCGGCGAAAGAAAAAAAUAAUCUCUUUCAAAUUAAUUCAUAAAUCUUGCAGAAAGAAACCAGGCCAUUUCUUUCUAGUGAGCCUACGGUCCUUUAUCGUCUUCGCGCGGUGUUUUGCUGUGUAAGGGGAACAUAUGCUUGUGGGGAGAAGAAGGGCGGGUUUGAUGCAUUUUACUACAAUUUCGGGUUUUAUCUAUCAUCUUUGCUAAAAUUUGAAAUAAAAAGCAAGGUAGCUUAGAGCUGGUCGAUCAUAUCACUAGUUCUUACCGGGGCAUACUCUUGUUCGGUGCUGUGUUGUUGAAUCAUGGGGGUGGCUAUGUAUUUUUGUCCUGGGUGUAUUGUUUCAUUGUAGCUUCAGAAGUAUCAGCAAUAAGAUUGUGGUACUACAUCGGCAGAAUCAGAUGAAACAAAAGGAAUUUGAUAAACUCAAACACACAGUACCAUAGCUUGUUUCUCGGCGUACUUUUCCCGGUCAUUUGAGGUACCUCUGCACCCCCACCCUCCUUCUCUUGUUUCUCCCUCCUCCAUCCCUCCUGUCCAGCACUCACUCAAAAAGAAAAAACCCAAAACAGACCCACCCCCCGGUGAGACGAGCCCAGGUUCGAGAGAGCGCCGCUCUGUGUUUACCGCCUCCCCCGCCGUUCGCGUGUUGCGUCUGACCCCCCCGAGGAGCCCCGGUCAUGUCCUCCAUCUUGCCGUUCACGCCGCCGGUGGUCAAGCGGCUGCUGGGCUGGAAGAAGUCGGCGGGCGGGGCGGGCGGGGCGGGCGGGGGCGAGCAGAACGGCCAGGAGGAGAAGUGGUGCGAGAAGGCGGUAAAGAGCCUGGUGAAGAAGCUGAAGAAGACGGGCCAGCUGGACGAGCUGGAGAAGGCCAUCACCACGCAGAACUGCAACACCAAGUGUGUCACCAUCCCCAGCAAUUGCUCUGAAAUUUGGGGACUGAGUACACCAAAUACGAUAGAACAGUGGGAAACCUCAGGCCUAUACAGCUACCCUGACCAAACCAGGUCCCUGGACGGGCGCCUGCAGGUCUCGCACCGUAAGGGUCUUCCUCACGUCAUCUACUGCCGGCUGUGGCGAUGGCCGGACCUGCACAGCCACCACGAGCUGCGCGCCAUCGACACCUGCGAGUACGCCUUCAACCUGAAGAAGGACGAGGUGUGCGUCAACCCCUACCACUACCAGCGGGUGGAGACGCCAGUGCUGCCUCCGGUCCUGGUGCCCAGACACACCGAGAUCCUGACCGAGCUGCCCCCCCUGGACGACUACACCCAUUCCAUCCCCGAGAACACCAGCUUCCCCGUCGGGAUUGAGCCCCCCAACAAUUACAUACCAGAGACCCCACCCCCUGGAUACAUCAGCGAAGAUGGGGAGACCAGUGACCAACAGAUGAAUCAAAGUAUGGACACAGGUUCUCCUGCAGAACUGUCGCCCAGUACACUGUCACCUGUCAAUCACAGCAUGGACCUCCAGCCGGUGACGUACUCAGAGCCCGCCUUCUGGUGCUCGAUAGCGUACUACGAGCUGAACCAGCGGGUGGGGGAGACCUUCCACGCCUCCCAGCCCUCCCUGACCGUGGACGGCUUCACGGACCCCUCAAACUCGGAGCGCUUCUGCCUGGGCCUGCUGUCCAACGUCAACCGCAACGCCACCGUGGAGAUGACCCGCAGGCACAUAGGAAGGGGCGUGAGGCUGUACUACAUCGGAGGGGAGGUGUUCGCUGAGUGUCUGAGUGACAGCGCCAUCUUUGUUCAGAGUCCGAACUGCAACCAGAGGUAUGGGUGGCACCCAGCCACGGUCUGCAAGAUUCCUCCAGGGUGUAAUCUGAAGAUCUUUAAUAACCAGGAGUUUGCGGCGCUGUUGGCCCAGUCAGUGAACCAGGGCUUCGAGGCGGUGUACCAGCUCACCAGGAUGUGCACCAUCCGCAUGAGCUUCGUCAAGGGCUGGGGGGCGGAGUACAGACGGCAGACUGUGACGAGCACUCCUUGCUGGAUCGAGCUGCAUUUGAACGGGCCGCUGCAGUGGCUGGAUAAAGUUCUGACCCAGAUGGGGUCCCCCUCUGUGCGCUGCUCCAGCAUGUCAUAAACACCCCCCCCCAACCCAACCCCCCCACCGUGACCAUGAAAAGACAAAACGGAAAAAAGAAGAAAAAACUAAAAAGGAAAAAAAAAAAAGACUUGCUAUAACCAGUCUUUCAUAGUACUUGUGACCCUGCCCCCCCCUCCACCCCCCCACCCCAAUCCUGCCCUUGAACCCCAACCAAAACCCCCAAACCCCAAACGCUCACAUGGACUUUCCCACUGUUCAGAAUAGAACAUGGCACUUGCUGAACACAUCGGCUUCAUGCACCUUGUUUAAUUAUUUUCCCAAAACCCUGAAUAUUAAGUCUAUUAGUGGUACAGAUGAAAUAUAUCUUUGAUUGAGAAGUCCAGGGAUUACUUGUUGGAGACUCGGGGAGAGGGGGAGGGAGAGAGCGAUAAUGGAAGACAUUUGAUAUUUGGCACAGUAUUAUAGUUUUGACAGUUUUCUGUUGACGGAAGCAUCAGUUUUCUGUGCGGAGUGUGUGAACGGCACACUGUUGUAUCAUUUAUCAGCUGGACCAAGGGUUACUUUGUGUUGCUAAAUGUUUCACUCCCAAAAUUAAAUUCACUAAGAGAAGCCUUCUGCUUUGAGGCAAAGUUAUAACGAUUGCAGCCAUGAUUUUUCAUAAUCUUUUAUUUCUCUGAAAGGAAUGCAAAAUUCAAGCCCAUCUCUUUAAAAAAAAAAUAUAUAUAAAAAUUUCAAAUGUUAAAUUCUUCCCAUUUUCUCCCCGCUCUUAGAAUGUUGCCUUUUUAUUCCAGAGGUGUGCUGUUAUAAGACACACCUGUCCAUGAACAGAUAGGAAUGUUAAACGACAAAAUAAAGUACAGAAACAACCAGUCUUGACCACGAGCGUGUUUUGGGCCCUUGGCCAGUGUGUGGCAUUGUCCCUUUUUCCAGCGCUCUCUCACUCUGUCACCCGCUGGGCGUUCGGUACGCAUCACACCCGUCACACGCCUCAGAGCCCCGCCCCAUUUCGGUCAGAGGCGGUGUUCUCUGGACUGGGGCCGGACGGCGAGAAUAUCGCGAACGCAACGUUUCAGACCUUUAACGAUUCGCUCUUACAGCUCGAAGGAUAACGGAGGAGGGCCACGGGAAAUAUCAUCUACACUGGCGAGAUUUUUUUCGUUUUUGUUUUUCUUUAGCUACUUUUUGUAUUCUCAUGUAUUUUUAUAUAUAAAUAUAUUUAAAAUCUCUGUAGCUCGCUCACUUUUUAUUGAAAUUGAAUAUUUUUUAGACUGUCCUGUUUUUAAGAAGAGCCUCACGAUCUGUAAAAGCACGAAUCAUUCCCAAAAAGAAAAAAAAAGUGGGUUCUCACUUUGAGUCUGGUUCCAGGAAAAUCCGUUGCCUUGGUCAACACACUGCCCCUGAUACUAAACAAGUCCUGACGUAAUUAUUUACAUUUUUUAACGGAAAAUAUGUACGGGUGCAAUAAAAUUUAUGGCCACUAGAACUUAAAAUGCCUUUUAUUCCAACCUCUAUCUACAUAGACUAGUUUUUUUACUCUCUGUGUAACUUUUGGUCAUGUCGCUCAUGAAGUACAGUACAUUGCUUCUUGAUUUUGUUGCGAUGUGGCGAUUUGAAAAACCUUUCACUCCACGCUCUUCUUACAAACCAUUUUCCCAAAGCCUGUGGGUGCUCACUGGGGAACAAAGAAACAAAAAAGAAAAAGAAACAAAAAUCAAAUAAAAAAAUAAAAAAUAAAAAAAACGACGAAAUGUCGAAUGUUCCGGAAACUCGGCAGUGUUCUGUCAGCUCGGAUUGGGAAUGACUAGUGGGAGGGGCCUGUGAGGGAGAACGGGACGUUUACACGCGCGCGUCUCUGUGUCUGUACAACAUACUAACAACUGUCAUCCAGCUCUGUCAUUCUUUUGCAUUUUACGGCAGCGGCAGGGUUUGUAAACGUCUUUCUCCCCCCUUCCCGCUUCCAUUUUGUUGAGUUGAUCAUCUUAUUGCACUAGUGAUUGUACUUUGUAAGUGCAGCUAGUGGGUUUAGAUUCAAAGAGCAGAAUGACGUGGCCAGUGUUAAUGUUCUGAUUGGGUGGCCGUAUAGACACAGCGAGAGCGUCCUGCCUGCUAUUGAAGACAGCGAGGAAAGGAAACCGAACACAACUGAACGUGGACCAGACAUACAUAUGUGUGUAUAUAAUUAUUUUUAAUUUUGGCAAAAGCAUUUAACAGUUGGUGCGCUUGUUUUACCAGUAGAGGGAUGUAUUGGUAGAACAGUCGAAUUACAGACUAUAAGCUUUUCAGGUGUGUUGCAUAUGCAGACUUCAUGAAUACACUAAUAAAGGUUUUUAUUCUCAUGA